AGAUUGUUUGUAGUCUUUUGUUCCAGUUUUUUAUGUCAAUUCGUGAAAACGAAUCAUUUUACAAUUUACUAAUCACGUUUUUGCGUUUAUUUUUAUAAAUCAAAAUGUGUGACCAAGAAUUUAGAACCCAGCGCAUCGACCCGCGCUAUCCAAAUCAAAAUCAAACCAAGGCCUGUUACGACAAUUACUGCGACUUUUACAAGUGCCAAAGACUUCUAGGUGAGGCUGAUGACUGCAGAAUAUUCAAGCGUUAUUUCGAGACGAUCUGCCCAAAUUUUUGGAUAUCCCAUUGGGACGAACUUAGAGAAAAAGGAGCAUUCCCAGGUCCACUAUAAAACGACAUAAUUGUUUUCUUGGAAUAAAACACUUUAAAUCUAAUAAGA